UGUACCCGUUACUUGCACACUUUUGCAGUCUUGAUUGAAUCAACACUCCCACUCUGUCUUGUCUUCAAACACUCUUCUUUAUUAUUUUUUUCCUUUCUUUAAUUCCCCCAUUUUCCCUUUCCCCAUCCCCAACUCACUGUAACGGUUACUUUUCAUUCCAUCUUCCCCCAUAAACCCCCUACACUCCCUCUCAUACUCCAAAACUGCUACAUUUCCCUUCUCUCUCAGACCACCCAAAAAACAGCAACAAUGGAAAAAAGAUUUAAGAUCUUUUUCUUCUUGGUCCUCACGCUCCCACUCCUCGCCGCCGGAGCGUCGGUUUCCAAGGCCCAGGCCGCCGUCGUGGGCACGGAGCUGUGGUGCGUGGCGAAGAACAACGCGGAGGACGCGGCGCUGCAGACGGCGCUGAACUGGGCCUGUGGGCCCGGCGGCGCCGACUGCAGCCCAAUACAGCAAGGUGGGCCCUGCUACGACGCGAGCGACAUAGUGGUUACGGCGUCGUACGCGUUCAAUGACUAUUACUUGAAGCACGGCUUGAGCACCGACAGUUGCUCCUUCGAUAACACUGCUGCCCUCACUUCUUUGAACCCCAGUCAUGAUAAAUGCAAGUUUCCAUCCAGUUCGUCAGUGAGCAAUGGAAGCUUUUCUGGUUCAACGACAGCAGUAGGAAUGGGACCAAGUGAAGAUAUAAGCAGCUGCACUCGGAUUGCUCUGCAUUGGUUUUGGCCACUAAUUACAGGUCAUAUGUUUGUGGUGCUUUCACAGAUUAUUUUAGAACGGUAGAACUUGGUUAUCUCCUUUUCCUUUUCGAUUAACCUGUCUGUGAAAUCAAAAAGGAAAGGCUUUUUUGGGUGGCGAUACACACGCUUAAUGCAGGAUUCAAAUUUCAAUCCACGGGAUAUAGUAGAGUAGGUUAGCUUUAAUGAAUUAUUAUCUUUUCUUAUCUAUAUAUUUAGCUGUCUGAGAUUUGGUAAUUUGUUAACUAAAUCAAGCAGAUUCAAAUUCUUGUGCCUUCAUCCAAGUGUAAUUUUCAAGGCUUGUUUUGUGUGCUCUCUAAGACUGUUAGCUCUUGUCUUUCUUGCAAACUCAGAACUAGAGAGAUGUCUGAGACACAGGGCAUCCAAUUAUACACCGAAAUCUUAUUUUAUCA